AAGAUGAUCACGCCCCCGCCCGGCGACGGCGUCACGACGUAGGUCCUGGCAGUCCGGCUGCUGCUUGCCGCGCUCGGGCCCAGGGCCGGGGCCGGGCGCAGGCUGUUGCCGGGGGUAGCAGUGUGCCGGCCCACAGAGCUCGUGGGGGCACUGCGGGUGCUGUGAGCCUGCGACAUCGAACGCGAGGCGGGUACGGCCCCGGUGGGUGCCGCCCGCCGUGCGUGGUCGGCGGAGCUACCGCUCCUGGAGCUGUGGACCUGCGAGAUCGAAC